GGGAUUAAACCGUCGCUUCCUUCUUUAAACCCGCCGCUGCCGCCUCACCUCCUCCUCCCUUAAAUCCUUCGCCGCAGCGUCGCUUCACCUCCUUUCACAGAGACACCUUUCACAGAGACAAAUAAUGAAGCCGUCACAAAAUUCUAACGCCGUUGUUGGACUGAAUUCAAGCUCGGAGAUUGGUGGCGGUGACUUAAUCAUAUUGCCGCCUAAGAAAAUGAAAGAUAAGAAAGGGAAAAGUCAGCUCAAUGUGAGGCAGCAACCGAAACUAAGUAAAUCUCAGAAAAGAAAGCUAAAGAAGCUUGAGGAAGAGAAAGAAAAGGAACUCCUUAUGUCAAAAAGCAUUGAGACAUUGGAGAAAUACAAGAUCAAAGAUGAUGUUUUUUCACUCAUGUGGUCUUCAAGGAACUUGGGGCAGGUUGAGACUGUUCGUGAGAAACGGAGAAGAGAAGUUGAGUUUUCGAAAGCUGGUUUGGAACUCCCACAUGCUGAAAAGGCUCACACUAAAAGGAAAAGAGAUGUUGUGUCUCACAAUGAUGAUAUUGAAGUGUCUGAGGAUGAUGUCUGUUUGCCGGAUAGAAAUGUGCAUUCAGAUGUCAAUAUGCAAUCGUUGAGUGAUGAACCUGAUACCUCUGAUAGACGAGUUGGUGAUUCAUUCGAAGAAGUGGCCAACGGCAAUACUCAACCAUCAUUGCCAGGAUCUGAGGAAAAAUCAACUGAGUCAUGCCAAAAUGAAGAAGUCAUGAAGCCUAAGGAUGUGAUGGAUGAAGAUCCAAUUUACAAUCGUGAAGGUGAAAAUAACCAUAGCAACUGUAAUUCAUCGAGAAAUCAUGUUGCUCCAACUGUGGUUCAUGUCUCAAGACCUAAGGAUGUUGAAAAGCAAAGGAUGGGUCUGCCCAUAGUCAUGAUGGAACAGGAAAUAAUGGAAGCUAUAAAUGAGAAUAUCAGUCUCAUUAUAUGUGGUGAAACUGGUUGCGGAAAAACAACCCAAGUUCCUCAGUUUCUUUAUGAGGCUGGUUUUGGUUCGCGUGGUUCAAACACUGGAGGUGGCAUUAUUGGCGUCACCCAACCUCGCCGAGUUGCAGUACUUGCAACAGCCAAGCGGGUGGCUUAUGAGCUUGGGCUUCGAUUCGGGAAGGAGGUGGGAUUUCAAGUAAGGCAUGACAGAAAGGUUGGAGAGAAUUGCUCAAUCAAAUUUAUGACUGAUGGAAUUUUGCUUCGGGAAGUGCAGAAUGAUUUUCUGCUGAAGCGAUACUCAGUGUUAAUAUUGGAUGAGGCUCACGAGAGGAGUCUGAAUACAGAUAUUCUCAUCGGGAUGCUUUCUCGGGUUAUCCAAGAGCGUCAGAGGGAAUACGAGAUGCAGAUGAAGAGAAUUCUUGCCGGGGAAACUAUUGAAUCUGAAAAUAGGAUAUACCCGUUGAAGCUUGUGCUCAUGAGUGCUACUCUACGCGUGGAAGAUUUUGUGUCUAAUACAAAUAUAUUUCGCAAUCCUCCACCAGUGAUUGAAGUUCCAACUCGACAGUUUCCAGUGACCACACACUUCUCAAAGAAGACUGAAAUUGUUGAUUACAUUGGCCAAGCUUAUAAGAAGGUUCUAUCAAUUCACAAGAGAUUGCCACCUGGGGGUAUUCUUGUUUUUGUAACUGGGCAGAGAGAGGUCGAACUUCUUUGUCAAAGGUUACGAAGAGCUUCUAGAAAGCUAGUUGAAGACAAGGCUUCAGCCGUAUCUGUAGAGAAACCACCCGAAGAAAAUGAUAUGAAAGAGAUAAGUGAGGCAUUUGAGUUCCAAGGGAGUUCGGGUCAUGAGAUAACUGAGCGCUUUAAUUCUCACAUGGAGGAAGAUAAUGAAGAUUUUCCAGAAGACGCAUCUGAUGCAUCUUAUGACUCGGAAGAAGAAAGUGAUCUGGAGUUCUUUAGUGAUGGUGAGAAUCAGACGAAACCUGAUUCUGAAGGCGAUAUUUUGGGAGAAGAGGGAACUCUUACAUCACUGAAGGCUGCUUUUGAAGCAUUAUCGGGGAAAAGAGUUUCUGAUUCCAACACCAAAGGCAAAGAUGUUCCCGAGACCCCUGAAGGCGGGUCAGAUCCGUCCCGUUCCCUUUCUGAACGAGAUGACAAAGAUAAGGGAUAUUCCCCUGGUAAACUGAAUGUGCUACCACUUUAUGCGAUGCUUCCUGCAUCAUCCCAGCUUCGUGUUUUUGAAGAUGCUAGGGAUGGAGAGCGGCUUGUUGUAGUUGCUACUAAUGUGGCUGAAACCUCUUUGACGAUUCCUGGAAUAAGCUAUGUUGUCGACACUGGAAGAGAAAAGGUGAAGAACUACAACUCUUCGAGCGGCAUGGAGACAUAUGAGAUACAGUGGAUAAGCAAAGCCUCUGCAGCUCAGCGUGCUGGAAGAGCCGGAAGAACCGGCCCGGGACAUUGUUAUCGCCUCUAUUCCUCAGCAGCCUUCAAUAACUUAUUUUCUGAUUUUUCAAUUGCUGAAAUAUCAAAGGUGCCGGUUGAUGGUGUUGUCCUCCUUUUAAAAUCCAUGCAUAUUGGCAAGGUUGCAAAUUUCCCUUUCCCCACACCUCCAGAGACCGAUGCUUUGAUUGAAGCAGAACGUUGUCUGAAGAUUCUUGAAGCGUUGGAUGAAAAUGGCAGACUGACAGCUCUGGGGAGGGCCAUGGCUCGGUAUCCAAUGGGUCCUCGUCAUUCCAGAAUGCUUCUCACGGUUAUUCAGAUUAUGCAGAAGGCAAAAAAGUGUGCCCGAGCAAAUCUCGUUUUGGCCUAUGCAGUUGCAGCAGUGGCGGCUUUAAGCUUGACAAAUCCUUUCCUUCGGCAUUUUGAAGACAUUGGAAACAACGCAGACGGUAAAAGCCAUGCUGAGGAAGCUGAUUCUAAAGCAAGCAAGAAAGCUUCAGAGAAAGAAGAAAAACCGAGGAAAAAGCAACAGAAACAAAUCGCCAAAGCUUCUCGUGAAAAAUUCGCCAACCCUACUAGCGAUGCUCUAACUGUUGCGUUUGCGCUUCAAAGCUUUGAUCUUUCUGAAAACCAGUCAGAGUUUUGUGAUGAGAAUGCUCUACACUACAAGACCAUGGAAGAAAUUUCCAAGCUGAGAAAGCAGCUUGUGAAACUAGUCUUCGCCUCGCAUGAUUCACAGCAGGACUUCUCCUGGGCGCACGGAACUAUCGAGGAUGUAGAGUCUGCUUGGAUGGUUUCCUCGGAUAAGCAUCCUCUUCAGCUGAACGAGGAGGAGAUAUUGGGCCAGGCUAUCUGUUCCGGCUGGGCUGAUAGGGUUGCGAAGCGCAUCAAAGGAGCUUCACUUUUGGCAGAGGGAGACCGAAACACGAAUGCAGUCAGAUACCAAGCUUGUAUGCUGAAAGAAACCGUCUUUCUUCACCGGUGGUCGUCCAUCUCUAGAUCUGCACCCGAAUUUCUCGUAUACAGCGAGUUAUUGCAUAGUAAGAGGCCAUACAUUCAUGGAGCCACUAGCGUGAAACCGAAUUGGCUUCCUGAAUUCGCUCGGGUAUCAUGUAGUUUCUCUGCGCCGCUCUCAGAGCCAAAGCCUUAUUACGACGCUACAGCUGAUCAAGUCAUGUCAUGGGUGGAGCCGACUUUCGGCCCACAUCUCUGGCCGCUUCCUCUGCACGGCCUGCCUAUCAAAGAUGAUUCCACGAGAGUCGCUGUGUUCGCCUAUUCGCUGCUAGAAGGCCAAAUCUUACCGUGCCUGAAAGCUGUCCGGAAAUUCAUGGCAGCCUCCCCUGCAACCGUGCUGAAGCCAGAGGCGUGUGGGCUGAAACGCAUUGGCAAUCUGUUGAGUAAGUUAAACAAGAAAGGAAGAGUAAUCGACACUCGUGCUAAACUAGGAAAGAUGUGGAAGGAAAAUCCUAGAUUUCUCUUCCCAGAAAUCCAAGAUUGGUUUCAAGAAGGAUUUUUCAACCGGUUCGAGGAACUCUGGGAGGAGAUGCACAAGCAAGCUUUGGGAGAUCCCAAGCAAAGGUUGAAGAAAAAGGCCAAGAAAUUGAAAAGAGAGGAGCAAAGAAGAUGAUCUCGAGUGGCUGUCGUGCCAAGGUUGGGUAGGUUGCUGGAGAUGGGAGAACUGAGAAGCCAGUGUUGAAGGCUGGAAAUGCCGGAGUGAAGAAGAACUCAUGGCCCAAGGUUCGUAGUGUUGCUAUGAAUCCCCACGGUGGUGUUAACCGAUCAACACAUUGGUCAUGCCACUACAGUUUGUCGCGAUGCACCACUGGCCAAAACGUUGCUCUUAUCGCUGCCAGAAGAACCGGUCGUCUCAGGGCCAAGCUGCUGGCCUGCUGCUAAAGCUGAGAUGGCCUAAGAAUUCUUAUCUUGUUCUCUGCUUUAUAUUUGAAUUUGCAAUGUUUUGUUGAGGUUAACACUAAAUUUUGUUUGGAUUACCGAGUUUUGUAUACUAUUGCAUUGUUUUCAUA